CACCUCACUGCCUUCAAAGACACACUCUUCACGCUAAAAAAAAAAAACUAUAUAUAACUAAACGAAGCCGUAAUGGGUUCCCAGGGCUCCGCCUCGGACAUAUCCCUGCCACAUGUGUUGCUCGUGUCCUUUCCCGGUCAAGGCCACGUCAACCCACUCCUCAGGCUCGGCAAGCGGAUGGCCAGCAAGGGCCUUCUCGUCACUUUCUCCGCCCCCGAAUCCGUCGGACGGGAUAUGAGAAAAGCCAACCCCAACCUCGCCUCCGCCGAACCCACCCCCUACGGCCGAGGCUUCGUCCGGUUCGAGUUCUUCGACGACGAGUUUGACCACGCCGAGCCCAAGGGUGAGGAUCUUAACUUGUACAUGGACCAUCUCAGGCGGGUUGGGUCCCACAAGAUCACUCUCAUGAUCGAGAAGCACAAAGAGGACGGCCGCCCCGUUUGCUGCCUCAUCAAUAACCCUUUUAUUCCCUGGGUGUCCGACGUGGCAGAGAGCCUCGGGAUUCCCAGCGCUAUGCUUUGGGUCCAAUCCUGCGCUUCGUUCUCCGCUUAUUACCAUUACUUCCACAAGCUUUUUCCCUUCCCGUCCCUGUCCGAGCCUGAAAUUGAUGUCCAGUUGCCAUGCAUGCCGCUGUUAAAGUACGAUGAAGUCCCUAGUUUCUUGCACCCUUCCAGCCCGCUCCCGUUCUUGGCCAGGGCUAUUUUGGGGCAGUUCGAAAAUUUGUCCAAACCAUUCUGCAUACUAAUGGACACGUUUCAAGAACUCGAAGGAGACAUUCUCGAACACGUGUCCGAGAUUUGCCACGUCAAGACUGUGGGCCCGCUAUUCAAAGACCCCACACACCAAUCGCCAAAGCAAGUGGUCAGUGCUGACUUCGUGAAAGCCGACGACUGCAUCGGCUGGCUCGACUCCAAGCCGCCGGGAUCCGUCGUGUACAUUUCCUUUGGCAGCAUCGUCGUAUUGAAGCAAGACCAAGUCAACGAGAUCGCUCACGGCUUGCUGAGCUCCGGCGUGAGUUUCUUGUGGUCGAUGAAGCCGCCGAGCAAAGGGUCGGCUUUCAAGCCGGUGAGCCUGCCGGAAUGGUUCGUAGAGAAAGCCGGGGAGAACGGGAAGGUCGUGCAGUGGACCCCACAAGAGCUCGUGCUGGCCCACCCUUCGGUGGCCUGCUUCGUGACUCACUGCGGGUGGAACUCCUCUGUGGAAGCCCUCACCAUAGGAGUGCCCAUCGUGGCCUUCCCGCAAUGGGGAGAUCAAGUCACCAACGCCAAGUUCCUUGUGGAUGUGUUCAAGACGGGAAUCAGGCUGGGUAAAGGUGAAGCGGAAGAUCGGAUUAUUCCGAGGGAGGAGAUUGAGAAGAGUUUGGUGGAAGCAACGGUCGGCGAGAAGGCGGCGGAGAUGAAGGAGAAUGCGUUGAAGUGGAAGAAGAAGGCGGAGGAGGCGGUGGAACACGGCGGCUCGUCCGACCGUAACCUGCAGGAAUUUGUGGACAAGAUACUCUCGUUAUCAUCGGGAGAUUGUACGAUGUUAAAGUAAAAAAUAAUUUAACCACCCUUUAAUUUAUAAUAAUAAUAAUAAUUUCCUAACGAACGGACGAUUAAUAUAUACGGAGUAAUUAAGUUGAGGUGAUGGGGUCACAUGUUAAUGAUACUAGAGUAAGGUUGUUUUCUGUAAUUCGUCCCAGACCAAAACAGAUCAGACCAGAUCAGAUAAGACCAGACCAUAUUUUAUUAUUAUUAUUAUUAUUAUUAUUAUUAUUAUUAUUAUUAUUAUUAUUAUUAUUAUUAUUAUUAUUAUUAUAAUCAUCAUCAUCGUGAUCAUCAUCAUAAUCAUCGUCAUCAUCAUAAUCAUCAUCAUCAUUAUCAUUGUUAUUGUUAUUAUUAUUAAUAUUAUUAGUAUUAUUACUAUUAUUACUAUUAUUAUUUUUAAUUAUAAAUGAAUAAAAUAUAAUUAUUUAUGGAUUAUAAUAUAUAUAAAAAAUAAAAUCUUUAUGUAAAAAAUAUAAAAAAUAAAAUUUCAGACCAGACCAUAUAUUAUCAUCAUCAUCAUCGUCAUCAUCAUCGUCAUCAUCUUCGUCGACAUCAUCAUCUUCGUCAUCAUCAUCAUCAUCAUCAUUGUUAUUGUUAUUAUUAUUAGUAUUAUAACUAUUAUUACUAUUAUUAUUUUUAAUUAUAAAUGAAUAAAAUAUAAUUAUUUAUGGAUCAUUCUCCACCAAAACACUUAAAAUUUAAUUUCAAUUUUUAUUUUCUUCAAUCUAUUUUUUAUUCUUUACCAAUUCAUAACAAAUAUGUAAUGAGCAUAUUGCAUUUCAUAAGCAUACACUAUUAUUUCUGUAAUAUAUUUUUAUAAAUCGGAAUUUAAAUAAAUAUAGAGUAUUUUUUAAAUUUGGGUCCCUCUAAAUUGAUUUGAUUUGCUGGAUUUGUUUGCGUUCUUCGUAUGGCUUGGCGAUUAAGAGAAAGUCAUCAAGUGAGUUGGCGGCUUUGCUAAUUAGGGUUUGUUCCAGCAGUAUUUUAAGAAUUAUGUGGCAA